UGUUCUUUGUUGAAUUGUAAACACGAAGAAGAGUCUGUUUGAAGCAGCAACGCGGCGGCGGUUUGAACGGAACCGGACCGGGAUGCUGUGACAUGGCCUCGGAUGGGUCUCUGCGGGAGAAGCGGCAGGAGGAACCCGCCGGACGGAUCCGCCUCCGGUGACCGUGUCUGUACCGGGAAGCUGGCCGGGCUGCUGCGGGCCGUGCUGUCCCUGGUCCGGUCGCUGCUCUGCUGGCUGUGGAGCCGCACCGGAGCCGCGGUGACAACCGAGACCCGAACCUCUGACGGCGGCGGUGGCGGGAGCCCGGAGCGAGGCGAGCGGGUCAGGAGCCACCACAGGCGGGCCUUCGAGUUCAUCGCUGCGGCGCUGAAGAUCGACGAGGACGAGCGAGGUGACAAGCAGCAGGCGGUGGGCUGGUACCAGCGAGGGAUCAGCGAGCUGGAGGAAGGCGUCGCCAUCCAGAUGUCAGGCAGCGGAGAGAAAUAUGAACGAGACAGACGUCUGCAGAACAAGAUGAUGACCAACCUGAUGAUGACGAGGGAGCGUCUGCAGUCUCUCGUGGAGGUGCUCUCAGGGUCCGGAGCUCAGACUGACCCCGCCUACCGACCCGCCCACCUGCGCUCAGCAGGUGGCGCUGUCUCCAGAAAGAAAGACUUUCCUCCGUCCAGCCGACCAAAGCUCCUCCCAAAGACGUCCUGCUCUUCAUCAUCAUCCUCAUCGGGCCUUCAGCGCUCGUCCAACCUGAGCUCACAGCGCCCGCACACACACACACACACUCACAGUGCCAGUAAGGGUCGAACAGGUCGUCAACUCGGGGGGAAACUCGGCUCCCCGACGUCGACACCACCGCUGAAGAAGAAGAAAGACACAAAGAACCUGAAGAACGUGGACAAGAAGCUCGCCGACCUCAUCCAUAACGAGAUCGUUGACAGCGGCUCAUCAGUACGGUUUGAAGAUGUUGCCGGUCAGGAUUUAGCGAAGCAGGCCCUGCAGGAGAUCGUCAUCCUGCCGGCGCUGCGGCCGGAGCUGUUUACAGGUCUGCGUACUCCAGCCAGAGGACUCCUUCUGUUCGGUCCCCCCGGCAACGGCAAGACGAUGCUGGCGAAAGCCGUCGCAGCCGAGUCCAACGCCACCUUCUUCAACAUCAGCGCCGCCAGCUUAACCUCCAAAUAUGUGGGUGAAGGAGAGAAACUGGUCCGAGCUCUGUUCUCUGUGGCCAGAGAGCUCCAGCCCUCCAUCAUCUUCAUCGAUGAGGUGGACAGUCUGCUGUGUGAACGCCGGGAGGGCGAACAUGACGCCAGCCGCCGCCUCAAGACCGAGUUCCUGAUCGAGUUUGACGGGGUGCAGUCGGGAGGUGAUGACCGCGUUUUGGUGAUGGGAGCCACCAACAGGCCUCAGGAGCUGGACGAGGCAGUUCUCAGGCGUUUUUCUAAACGUGUGUACGUGGCGCUACCUGUCGAGCAGACUCGCUUCAAGCUGCUGAAGAACCUUUUGGGGAAACACGGAAACCCGCUGACCCACAGAGAGCUGAGCCAGCUGGCCAGAAUGACGGAGGGCUACUCCGGCAGCGACCUCACCUCAUUGGCUAAAGACGCCUCUCUUGGACCAAUCAGAGAGUUGCGUCCAGACCAGGUGAGGAACAUGGAGGCCAGCGAGGUGAGAAACAUUUGUUUCAGUGACUUUAUGGAGUCGCUGAAGAAGAUCAAGAGGAGCGUCGGUCCGCAGACUCUGGAGUUUUACAGCUGCUGGAACAGAAACUACGGAGACACGACAGCUGCGUGAACCUGAAAGACUUCCUCCAAAAAAAACCUUGUUUUUAAUCAACAGAAGUGUUUUAUGUACCUUUGCACGAAUGUUUCUAUGAAAUAAAGAAUAACUUCCUGUCA